AGGCUACACGUGUGUUUCAUCAUAAAAUUUGUGUUGACAAAUCGUGUUAAUUUAUCAAGUUUGACUGGCCGACGUCUUUUGGUGAUCGAGUCAUAAAAUAUACAGUAGCCAACCCAUCCAGAGGUGGACAAGAUGGCAGAUAUAGCUAAAGAAGCAGAAAAACUUUCUUUGAGAGAGAUUUAUACCUCAGAAAAACAUGGUGAUGAUAAAACAGGAGACGGUAGUAAAGCUACACCGUAUAAAACAGUUCUACAGGCCAUGAGACAUGCUGGGAAAGAACCAUUUCCACCUAUUUAUGUUGAUGGGAAAGAAGAAAAUGUGAAAUUUGAAUUGGUCUCAAAAUCACAGGUGAAGAAAAUCCAGAAAAUAUGGGAAAGAGAAAACUAUAAAGCUGCUGAAAAAGCUCAAAAAGAGGCUGAAGAUUUAGAAAGGAGAUUAAAAAACUUAGAAGAAGCGAAAUCAGUGGUAGUUGAAAUAGAUCCAAGUUUACCACAGCCAAAACAGAUUAAAAUAAGAGAGACCAUACCAAACCGUAAUAUUCGUGUAAAAAUAUUUGGCUGGGUCCACAGACUUCGUCGUCAAGGUAAAAAUUUGAUGUUUGUUGUAUUAAGAGAUGGUACUGGUUUUGUACAAUGUGUUGUUUCUGAUAAACUGUGUCAAACAUACAAUGCUCUCACUCUGUCUACUGAAGCUACUAUUUGUGUCUAUGGAAUAAUCAAAGAACUACCAGAGGGAAAAUCUGCGCCAGAUAACCAUGAGCUUUCUGUAGAUUAUUGGGAGUUGGUAUCUAGUUCACCACCAGGGGGUGCUGAUAACCUGCUCAACGAAGACGCUAACGUAGAUGUUCAGUUAGAUAACAGACAUAUUAUGAUAAGAGGUGAAAACACUUCUAAAGUUUUAAAAAUGAGAUCAGUUUUAAUGCAAUCUUUCCGAGAACAUUUUGUUAGUCGAGGAUAUUUCGAAGUUACUCCCCCUACACUGGUACAGACUCAAGUAGAAGGAGGAUCUACCUUGUUUAAAUUUGAUUAUUUUGGUGAAAUGGCCUACCUAACCCAGAGUUCUCAGUUAUAUUUAGAAACCUGUCUACCAGCUAUGGGUGAUGUAUUCUGUAUUGCCCAAUCUUACAGAGCAGAAAAAUCUCGAACCAGAAGACACUUGGCUGAAUAUUCUCAUGUAGAAGCUGAAUGUCCCUUUAUAGAUUUCAAUGGUUUAUUAGAGAGACUAGAAGAUCUAGUCUGUGAUGUAGUAGACAGAGUUCUCAAGUCUCCUUUUGCUCAUAUUGUUAAAGAACUUAACCCUGAUUUCCAACCACCUAAACGACCCUUUAAAAGAAUGGACUAUGCUGAAGCUAUAGAAUAUCUUAAAGCUAAUGAUAUCAGGAAAGAGGAUGGAACAUUCUAUGAAUUCGGAGAGGAUAUCCCAGAAGCUCCUGAGAGAAAAAUGACUGAUAAAAUUAAUGAGCCUAUAUUUUUAUGUCGUUUCCCAGCUGAAAUUAAAUCAUUUUAUAUGCAGAGAUGUGCUGAAGAUAGACGACUCACUGAAUCAGUUGACUUGUUGAUGCCAAACGUUGGUGAAAUAAUCGGUGGUUCCAUGAGAAUUUGGCAGCAUGAAGAAUUGGCAGAGGGGUUCGAGAGAGAGGGAAUUGAUGCCUCGCCCUAUUAUUGGUACACAGAUCAGAGAAAGUAUGGAUCAUGUCCUCAUGGUGGUUAUGGUUUAGGAUUAGAGAGAUUACUAUGUUGGUUGCUCAACAGAUAUCAUAUUCGAGAAGUUUGUCUGUAUCCACGUUUUGUUGAACGGUGCAGACCUUAACUUAUUUCUCUUUAAUUUUAUUAUAUAUAUAUAUAUUGUUCUCCAGUGCUGUCUUGUCCUGAAUCAAUCAUGUUUCAUUAUCCUCUAAUUUAUUAUGAAAUACAGAGUUGCUGCCCUUGACUUUUUAAUUAUCAGAUCGAAAUAUCAAUGGACCUUUCUAAACAUAAACAAUCUACUUAUAGUUUGGUCAAAAGUUUAAACACAUACAUUUAUAGCUUCUGUGUGGCUUUUGUCAUAAUCUGGAUAAGUUAGUGUAAAAUUACAGGAACCAUAGAAAAAGAAUGGAUGUAGAAUAGAUGCUAUAUGUUUCACUUAGACACAUACAAUAGCUAAAAAUAUAUUUUUGAAUUUAUGCCUAAAUUAGAAGCUAUGUGUUUCAGAUACACAUACUUAGACUAUAUAUAGAAGCUAUAAGUGUCACAUACAAAAACUAAAGGAAAUCAAUAUCCAGUGUAAAGUUAUUUUUUUGGUUAAAGAUUUAAUUUAUGGGGAAAGGUAUUUGUGGAUUUCAGUCAAAUUCUUACAACUAAAGUCUAGAUUAUGAAUAUUUUUAUAUUUUUUAAUAAGGUUAAAAUUAUGAAAAACUUAAAACUUUUUUCGCAUUCUAACUUUAUUUGUUAUUCUGUAAUAAAUCUACAGAAAUUACAAAAUUCUUAAAAGAAAUUUUUGUCGGCUUGUUAAACAGAGCUCUAUAACUUCAGAAUCUUAACCUGACAUCAGGUUCCUCUUCAAUUAAAUACAAAAGUUGAGGCCAUUGUCAUUUACAGGCUGCUUCUGGUAUUCUCGCUUUAAGUUAUUACUGAGAAUUAAAUGGAUUGUAAAGAGGUUUUCUAAACUUUUUAUCUGUGUCAGGGACACUGACAGCAACAGUUGGCCUUAUUCAAAUUGUCAGUCACACAUCUAAAACUUAGCACAGUAGCUACAAAUAAUUUAUAAGAACCAUUGCGAUGUCAGAAAACCUCUUUACUUCUUUAAGUUGUUGUCUUUGACCUUAUUCUUACUGUAUGAAUUACGAUAAAUAUGUUGAAUUGUACAUUAAUAUAAUUGAACGGUGUUCAUCUUCAUAAUAGAAAUAAACAUUUGAUUUUCAAGGUUACUUGUCAGUGAUGUUCAGUCGGAGGGGCUGACAUUUAAGUGUCUAUUCAGUUGAAUGGGCCAGUUAAGAAACUGCCGUGAUGCUGAUAUGACAGUCAACGAAACGUCGAUUCAUCACAGUCUCCAUUAGCCUAAUUAGACGAAGAUAAGGAUGUACGACUCCAUCCAAUUCAUACUCCAUACCUUUCUUUCAUGUAUUGUAUCUAAUCUCCAGGCCCAUAGCUAUAGAGGGGUAGCAUUGGACCCAACCUCCCCCAACACCCCUCCCCCCUGAAAAAAUACUGGCAACCGACCCAUU